GACGCAGUUUGGUGGCAGGGGAGGGAGGGGAGCAGAGCAGCAGUGUAGGAAAAGAGGAGGAAGCAGCGAGGAUGGCGGAGUCACACCUCUGAAGGUAAAACAGUUAUAUUAUCACAUUAACAGUGGACGUUUUAGCCUCGCAGCACGGCUACGCCUAACUCCUGAAAUAAUACACCCGCCAGCCUCUUGUUACGGCGUGUGUGGUGCUAAAGUGUGAUUUUGCGGUGCAAAUUUUCGAGAGAUAAAAAAAAAACCUUGAUGACCUUUGCGGCCUAAAAGAACUUCUAUCCGAAGGUCCUGGGAUUGUAUGCAGUUCAAACACUUAAGCAUGUGGCCCAUGGGUGCCACAAUCCAGCUACUUCAAAGGAUUUUUUCUCCCAUGGCAUUUUAACAAAGGAACAAAGUAUCAAAAGUAUCCAAAAAACCUUUGGAUCACAAGGCCUUUAUUUCAAGGAUAAUCAUAAAUGUCUGGGCCUGCACAGGGAUGUUUUCUUUAAAAGCCUUCUUGGCUGUCUGUGUCCCCUUUUUCCCAAAUAAGUAACCUGACGAGAGACUCCCAUGAACAACUCUGCAGGAGGCCCGAUAACGUCGUCAUGAGUAGUACUUUAGGUAAAGAAAAGGAUUCGAAAGAAAAGGACCCCAAAGGUGGUCCAGCCGGGAAAGAAAGGGAAAAGGAGGCCAAGGCUCUAGCCGGCUUAGUCAAGGAUGGUGGCAAAGAAGCGAAGACCAAAGGGAAAGAUGCCAAAGAAGGAAAGAAGGACACCAGCAGCUCAACACCGGGUGUUGCCUUCUCCGUUGACAAUACGAUAAAGCGGCCAAACCCGGCACCAGGUACGCGCAAGAAGUCCAGCAAUGCCGAGGUGAUCAAAGAGCUUAACAAGUGCCGGGAGGAGAACUCAAUGAGACUAGAUCUAUCUAAACGGUCCAUUCACAUGCUGCCCACCUCCAUUAAGGAGUUGACGCAGCUGGCUGAACUCUACUUGUACAGCAACAAGCUGCAGAGCCUGCCAGCUGAGGUGGGUUGCCUGUCAGGCCUGGUCACUUUGGCUCUGAGCGAGAACUCCCUGACCAGUUUGCCUGACUCCCUGGACUCCCUUAAGAUGCUUCGAAUGCUCGAUCUUCGGCACAACAAGCUCCGAGAGAUACCGGCUGUUGUCUAUCGGCUGACAUGUCUGACCACGCUGUACCUGCGCUUCAACCGCAUCACAACAGUGGAGAAGGAUAUUCGAAACCUAUCCAAGCUCACCAUGCUGAGCAUUCGUGAGAACAAGAUUAAACAGCUGCCCGCGGAGAUAGGGGAGCUGUGCAGCCUCAUAACUCUGGAUGUUGCCCAUAACCAGUUGGAGCAUCUACCGAAGGAGAUUGGGAAUUGCACACAGAUAACCAACCUCGACCUGCAGCACAAUGAGCUCUUGGACCUCCCAGAGACUAUAGGCAAUCUGGCAAGCAUAAAUCGCUUAGGUCUAAGAUACAACAGAUUGUCAGCUAUCCCCAGAUCAUUAGCCAAAUGUCGAGAACUGGAGGAGCUAAACCUUGAAAACAACAACAUUUCAGUUUUGCCAGAGGGCCUGCUGUCAAGUCUGGCCAACCUGACCAGUCUAACACUGGCGAGGAACUGCUUCCAGUCGUACCCUGUGGGUGGACCAUCCCAGUUCUCCACCAUCUACUCCCUCAACAUGGAGCACAACCGCAUCAACAAGAUCCCCUUUGGUAUCUUCUCCAGGGCCAAAGUGUUAAGCAAGCUUAAUAUGAAGGACAACCAGUUAACAUCUCUGCCAUUGGACUUUGGCACAUGGACAAGCAUGGUCGAGCUGAACCUGGCCACCAAUCAGCUGACAAAGAUCCCAGAAGACGUCUGUGGCUUAGUCUCUCUGGAGGUUUUAAUAUUGUCCAAUAAUCUUCUCAAGAAGUUACCGCAUGGUAUUGGGAAUUUAAGAAAGCUACGGGAGCUGGACUUGGAGGAGAACAAGUUGGAAUGUCUACCUAAUGAAAUAGCUUAUCUUAAAGAUUUACAGAAAUUGGUGUUGACAAAUAAUCAGCUGACUACGUUACCCAGAGGCAUCGGCCACCUUACCAACUUAACUCAUCUGGGUCUGGGGGAGAACCUGCUCCAACACCUUCCAGAGGAGAUUGGUACACUGGAGAACUUGGAGGAACUGUACCUCAACGACAACCCCAACUUGCACAGCCUCCCGUUCGAACUGGCCCUCUGCAGCAAGCUGUCCAUCAUGAGCAUCGAGAACUGUCCCCUCAGCCACCUGCCUCCACAGAUUGUCGCGGGAGGCCCCUCCUUCAUCAUCCAGUUCCUCAAGAUGCAGGGACCAUACCGUGCCAUGGUCUGAGCCAAGAGUAGCUCAAUCCCAGUCCUACUUAACUCCAGGCCCUCCACUUGCUCUGCACCCUCUCGCCUGCCCGCCCCCAUUACGUGUAUCAUACACUGUAAAGAAAACAGACUUGCCACAAUCAGCGUCUGGGGCAAAGACAAGGAGGAGGAUGAUGAAGAAGAAGAAGAAGAAGAAAAUGUUUCUUUCACCAUCCUUGGGCAGAAACAAGGCAAAUCUUUGGAGACUUGACUUCUGUUACUCCAGAGUUUAUCACGGUCAUUUUAGGACCCCAGCCACCCCCGCUCAUCUUUCAUUCCGAAUCAUCCAAGAGGAAAAUAUUUCCAUCUCUUUGCCAAAACUGAAGAUAUAUAAAGUUAUAUAUAUUGAGUAACUGUGAGCUAAGUGGCAAGUCUUUUAACCAUAUAAACCGUGCUCCCAUUGCCAAUGUAUUUACAGUAAUUACAAGCAUCUAUUAUGUGAGCAAGGAUACAAUUGUAUGCAAAAACAAACAAAAAAAAGUCUUUGGAACUUCACAUUUACUGCUGCUGCCGUAAUUUUAACUUUGUCAUCUUGUUUAUUUUGUUUUUUUUAUAUGCCCUUUUUUUUUUUUCUUACAUCACUCAAGAUAACUUAUGUUAAUUCUUGACCACAGAGAACAAAGGUCUAAUGAUGGCGUGUUUAUAAUUUCUUUUUUGUAUUUUUUUUUUUUUUAAACUGUGCCUAUGUUUAGAGUGAUCCAGUGGUUCAUUUCUAAACGCAAUUGUCCAUGAGAAUACAAAGAUAUAAAUUAUUUCAGUACAUUUUUUUUAUUAUUACUGCUGUUUUUACUUUAGUUUUUCCUUCUUUUUUUUUUUUGCUGUUGCAUUAAUCUGUCAGAGCAAGAGAUAUCAGUUGUAAAAUAGGAUGAUUGGAGAUCUUUUUAACAAAUAGCAGCAGUAGUUGUUAAACAUUAAGCUAGUAAUGUAAACAUAUGAGAAAUGCCAAUCAUACAUGCUUGGAAAAAAAAAAGAAAAAAAGAAGCAAGUUGGACUUUUCUCCAAAGCGGGUGGUGCUGUGACAUCCGUCUACGAUGCUUUUGUGUGACAAAGAGGUAUUGAAAAGUCAAACAUACAUAGGUGGUGGGAUAAAUGAUAGGAGAUGUUUUUAUAUAUGUAUACAAAUCCUGGUUGUUGCCUUGAGUGCAAUUUUUAGUUAUGUUUACUUAUUUGAUAUUAUCUUCAGUGUUGGGCUGCAUAGCUGUCAUUCAAUUUGAUCAUUGACCAACAUAUCAGGCGUUUUGAAAAAGACGUUAUCUGAGUCUCCGGAGCAAGUGAUGAGUGUAUCAGAGCUUCAAAAAAAGGUUUGAUAAUAAAACAUUGACAGGUAACACUUCCUUUUUUUGUUAAUAUCCUUAUUUUUUUUUCUGUAUUUUUUUUAACAGGGUCUCCUAAGAAUCUUAGUUGGAAAAUGUUCCCUUGAUUUAGAUUUGUAAUUUAAUCUUUUUUCUUUUCUUUUUUUUAAUGUCUUCUGUCCCACACUGUCCAGCAGCAAUGCUGCUGCUCUUAUGCACUUUUUUAGACACAUUGGCAUCCUCUAUAUUAAGAAAAAAACACACAUUAGCCUCCCAUUGUUAUUUUUAAUGGGGGGCAUUUUGUUUCAUAAAGAAGUAUUUUAUCUGUUAAACAAAAACAGUUUAUCAUGUAAAUUUGUAUCAAUUAAAUAUAAAUGUUGCGUUUAGCAGGCUCAGAAUAUACAAGAAACUUUCUGCGGGGAUGUUUUAUCCUGUCAAUCUUAAAAGGAACUUGCUCUCUUGAACUGUAAAAGGGUCUUUGUGUCUUUGAGAUGUUUUAAGAUUUCCCCUAUCCUGCUUUCUCCAUUGCAAACAAAAUAGCUUAUUGCAGUUCAGAUCAGGAUUGUUUAUUUUAAAUCAAUUUACAUUGAGUGUUUUCUUUCAUUUCUCUUUUUUCUUUUUUUUAAAUGAUGAAACAUGUAUUGAGUUAGUAUUAUUUCCAGUGACUGUACAUUAAAAAUCCCAACAAAAGGUAAUCAAACCAAACAUUUUUUUUUCUUUUUGAAAAUGUGUUGCAUCCCAGCUCUAUAUUCAAUCAUGAUUCUGUUUUGUAUUGAAAUGUGUAGGUCUACUUUUUUUCUGCAGCAGCUUGGUGUGUUUUAGUGGGCUGUGGUUUGGUCUCCCAGACGAGGGGGGCGGCCUGAGUGAUGAGAUUGCCACAGCUCACCUCGGGGUUGGGGGUUGGGGGUGGGCAAUGUACCACUGCUUCUAAUUUACCAGCAGAACCUGUUGCUGCUUUUUUUCGUGGACUGAAACAUAUGCUGUACAAGAUGGGCAGGGGAGGGGGGGAGGGCAGGAGGCUGGGGCCAACGAUCCACUCCCAACACAGACUUCACUGGAAAACCUGACGAAGGACAAAUCCACUGACCUUUUGCGAUUUGGCGUCAGGCCUGGUGGUUUUCUCACAGAUCAAAUCGUUUGGACACAACGAUGAGACCACACAACAAGGUGCAUAUUUGAGCUUAACGCAGUUACAGUACAAGACUGUCAGAAAAAGACAAAAAAGAAAAAAAAAACGAAAAAAAAAUUGUAAAAAGGGCUUUCUGUGUUCACGCUCAACAACACACCGGAGGCAUUGCAUUCCUGGGUUUUAUAUAAAAGCUUUGGAAGUUU